AAAUGUAAAUUCAUUUCAACUCGUUAUCAGCUGCAGGUUAGUUGUCCGCAGGUCGUUAUAGUUUCGUUAAAAAAUAAAGUUCUUGAGACGAAUUCGUUUUUAUAAUCUCGUUUUAAUCAUAACUACGCGUAAAUUGUGAAGUAUACAUAAUUAAAACUGAAUUUUAUAAAAUGCGUUCAUUUUGCAUAUUCAGUGUUUUUUUAUUACUUUAUUGCAAUGCAGAAUGUACCACCGCGAAAGUAAUUGUAAAGGAUUUUGCUCAAUUUAUGUAUAACAACAGACUAGAAAGAACGGAAUACGACUACAUGGCAGAAGAAAAAUCGGAAUUACUGUCGGAUUUUAGUUCACGUACUGCAAGUAGAGGUGUCCAAAUGAUAUAUCUAGAACCCACAUUAGCUGAACUCCACCCAGAAUCGAUUUCCUCAGCAAUACCAAAAGCCGAGGUUGCUUUGCACGCGUUACUCGAAAAUUUAGAAGACUAUCCUCCAUAUACUCAAAUUAAUGUGAUCACAUCUGCAACAACGCCAUUCUCUGAUCAGGACUUGGUUGGAAAAAUUUUACAACAAAUACAAAUCAAAAGAUCGCAGGUCAAUUUUUUCAUCCAAGGCGAGUAUCCUUCUGGAAUCGACUACCUCAGAGAAUAUAGUUUGAUUACCUCAGUCGGUAAUGGGAUUACAUGGAGGUCAUUCGAAUUUAAUCGGUUUAAAGACUGGAAUUAUCUGAAGCUGAAUUUCAUUUCACCAAAAGCAAACCUGCUAACAAUUUAUGGCACCGGUAAUGGAACAUAUUGCAUGACAAUAGAUUCACUUUUGAAAACUGAUAUAGAAGAUAUGAUAUUCAGCAGUUUCGAUUCAAACGAGUAUGAUGUAACAGUAACUUUACCAAGAACCAAGCGGAUUACCCUCGUUAAUGAUACAGAAAAAGAAGCUAAAAACAGGGUACAAACAAUUACGACUGCAGAGAUGUGUGUGGAAGUUCGUAGAAAAUUUCAAAAUUCAGAUCCUGCUUCUUUUUACACAUUACGAGGGUUCAGCGAAAGCGACUUCGACUUUGAUUAUGGGUUUUCCAAGGAUAACGUGACAUCAUUGAAUGAUACAUAUCGAAGACCAGUCAGAGGAAUAUCAAACAAAAUUUACGUGACACCGUGCUUCAAAAAUACGUCAAAAGGAUUUGAUCACUUCAAGAUACUCUUUUUAAAUGGCACUUCUUCAAGAGAAAAAAUACCUUUCGAACCGAUACCAGAUACCGAUUUAUUUGUAGGAUCAUUCGAACCGCCAAAUGAGGAAUAUUUUUACAUACAAAUCACAACCUACGCGAAUGGCGAAAUAAUCUCACGGAUGUCACAUACUGCAAUGAAUGCUGCAGACGAGUUCGGUGAAGAUGAACAAAAUCCAAAGUUCAAACGUAAACGAAUACAAGUACUAGUUUACCGCGAGUAUAGUGAAUCCAAAACACCAGUUAUUCAACUUCAACAAAAAUACAGCAUCGAUUUAUACAGCAUAAUUGCGCUCAUUUUGGUGGCUAUCGAUGCUAUCAUGUUAUUAAUAGUACUGCCGUUCAUUUGGGCUACUAUUUUCCGGUUGUAUUACCAACCUCCUGAACGUUCAGAGCGUGGUAGAAGAGUACCAGAACCACUCGGAAUAGAAAAAGCUCGACGUCGAGCAAUGCCAAACGAUUAUCAUAUUAUGCAUGUUUCACAAGUUUCACAAGUUUGACAAUAAAAGACUGUAUUAAGGCAUU